CUUGAACCCAGGAGGCAGAGGUUGCAGUGAGCCAAGAUCACGCCACCGCACUGCAGCCUGGGCAACAGAGCAAGACUCCAUCUCAAAAAAUAAAAUUAAAAAAGCAGAAAGCCUCCAAGAGCCUAAGGCUCUCAAACAUCUUGGUCUCUGCUAAGUAGAGGCUCAGAGACUUAGAGGCCCUGCCUCAGCUGGGGCUUUGAGAUGUGUGAGCAAUGGCUGGGGACUGCAGGCCCGGGAAUCUGAGAGCCUCACCCCACUUCCUUUCCAGAGCCAUGACCUCAGGCUCACCUCCUGCCCUCCUCUCUGGCAAGUUGCAGAUGCCCUUUAGGGCCCCGGCCAUGCCCCGGAUGUGAGGGUCUGAGUCACCAGUUUGGCAGUGCCCCUCAAAGCCCAGGCCUGGGCUGCCGCCCACCUGAGGACGAGGAGUGGGCCAGCUGCUGUGCUCCAGUUGCUGAGGCCUCUUGGGAUCUUGGGAACCCCAUCUCUGAGCCCCGCCCCAUUGCCCCACCCCUCCCAAGGAGGGAAAAGGCGGCUGCCAGUCGCUCAACUCAGGCACUGGGACAUAGAGCUCAGAAGACCGAGAGGACAGACUGCCACGCUGCCACCACAGGCUGGACCAUGGACCCCCAAGAGAUGGUCGUCAAGAACCCAUAUGCCCACAUCACCAUCCCCCGGGCUCACCUGCGGCCUGACCUGGGGCAGCAGAUAGAAGUGGCUUCCUCCUGUUCCUCAUCCUCAGAGAUGCAGCCACUGCCAGUGGGGCCCUGUGCCCCGGGGCCAACCCGCCUCGUGCAGCCGACUGAGGUCCCAGGGCCCAAGGGCAUCAAGGGUGACCAGAGGGCUGCCCCCAUCCAGAACCAUCAGGCCUGGCAACAGCCUGGCAACCCCUACAACAGCAGUCAGCGCCCGGCCGGACUGACCUAUGCCGGCCCUCCGCCUGUGGGGCGUGGCGAUGACAUCGCCCACCACUGCUGCUGCUGCCCCUGCUGCCGCUGCUGCCACUGCCCCCCUUUCUGCCGCUGCCACAGUUGCUGCUGCUGUGUCAUCUCCUAGCCCAGCCCACCCUGCCAGGGCCAGGACCCAGGCCUCAGCAAAGGUGACUCAGGCAGUGCCCGGACAUUCGGGGUGGCUGUUGUCAUGGGCGUCAGCCCCUUCCCACCAGGGACUGGGGCACAGACCCACCAGGAAGGUGGCCGCUCAGCCCGAGCUCCUGAAACGGAAUCCCAGGCCCUGGCUGGAGAGGGACACUCCUGAUUAUCUUAAGGUCCACGCAAUAAAGCAGGGUGAUCUUCCUCCCA